AAAGAUGGAUGGAGUGCAAAAGGUUGGUACAGAGUUCUACAGAAAUGGUUCUGGUUCUUCAUUUAAGCCAUUUGGAUCCCUAGUGACUCUAGUGUUUCGAGAGAUGUUGGAGUGAGAGGAAUGGGUUUGUUCUGAAGUUGAAUUCCCUUGUCUAAAGGAGCUUCAUAUUGUACAAUGUCCAAAGCUGAAAGGAGAUGUACCUAAGCAUCUUCCUCAUUUAACAGAACUUGAGAUUACUGAAUGUGGGCAGCUGAUGGAUUCUCCUCCCAUACUUCCAUCGAUUGAUCAGCUGCGGUUAGACAAAUUCGAUGAUGCUAUAUUUAGAAAUGCUGUUAACCUCUCUUCACUUACUUGUUUGAAUGCAAGUAAUAUUUGUAGAAUACCAGUGGAAUUGCAACACCUGCAUUCUCUUGUAGAAUUGUACCUUGUUGAUUGUCAGGACUUAAUUGAAUUGCCAACCAUUCUACACAAACUCAUCUCUCUAAAACGCUUGGUUAUCAAGAAAUGUCCAAAUCUUUCAUCAGUUUCGGAGAUGGAGCUGCCAUCCAUGCUUGAAUACCUUAAAAUAAAAAAAUGUAGGAGUCUGGAGUCCCUACCAGAUGGAAUGAUGCAAAACAAUAACUGUCUUCGACAUUUGAUUGUGAAAGGUUGUGGUUCUUUGACGUCCUUCCCCAAUGUCACUUCAUUGGAAUAUCUUGAAAUAAAAAAUUGUGGGAAAGUAGAGUUACUCCUGCCUCAGGAUAUCAUGAUGCACAACUGCUACCCUUCCCUUAGAGUCUUUGUGAUAAAAAGCAGUUGUGAUUCUCUCAGGCUCUUUCCGUUGGGCUUCUUCACAAAGCUUGAGCAUCUUUGGUUCAGAAGGUUUGCAAAUCUGGAGGCCCUUUACAUUCCAGAUGGACUUCACCAUGUGGAUCUCACAUCUCUCCAGUACAUUACCAUCUGGGAUUGCCCUAAUCUGGUGUCUUUUCCACAAGGAGGAUUGCCAACUCUGAACCUCAGAGUGCUUUUGAUCGGCAAUUGCAAGAAGCUUAAAUCCCUGCCCCAACAAAUGCACACCCUCAUCACAUCCCUUCAAGAUUUGAGAAUAGUUGAUUGUCCAGAAAUUGAUUCGUUUCCACAAGGGGGUUUGCCAACUAGUUUAUCUCAACUUACCAUCUCAGAUUGCUACAAACUCAUGCAGUGCCGGAUGGAAUGGGGCUUACAAACACUUCCCUCUCUUAGAAAAUUGGAAAUUCAAGAUAGCGAUGAAGAAGGAAAGUUGGAGUCAUUUCCGGAGAAGUGGCUGCUGCCCUCCACUCUUUCCUUCGUUGGAAUUUAUGGUUUUCCAAAUCUGAAAUCCCUUGAUAAUAUGGGGCUUCACAACCUCAACUCUCUUGAAACUCUGGAGAUUCAAGGCUGUACAAUGCUCAAGUCCUUUCCAAAACAGGGGCUGCCCUCCUCCCUCUCAUGUCUUAAAAUUGGGAACUGCCCUCUGCUAAAGAAGCGGUGCCAAAGGGAUAAAGGGAAAGAAUGGCCCAAGAUUUUUCACAUCCCCAGCAUUGUGUUGGAAGAGUAUGAGUCAUCUAAGGAAGUAAUCUUGUCAUGAGGCCCUUGCAUCCAUGCUCUUGCUUUUCUAUGCAAUUAUUGAUUGGGAUUCAGCUAGUAGUGUGCUCUACUGAAAAAAAAAAGCCAGUGCCAAGGGAUAAAGGGAAAGAAUGGCCUAAGAGUUCUCACAUCCGCAACACUUUGUUUGAAAAAGGAGUCAAUUUAUCUGGAUGAGCCAUCUUAUGAUGAGGUUGUCUUAUCAUGAGACCCUUGCAUCCAAGCUCUUAGCUUUUCUUUGGACUCAUGGCCACCCAAUUAUUCAUUUAGGUUGAUUUUGGAUGACUUUUGAAUUUGACCAAAAAUAUUCAAAGGUGUGGUCUCUGAGUCAGGCCACUGAAUGAGUUGUUAACAAAAAUGGCAUUUUGGAAAGUGAAUAUUCAUGUUAACUUUCAAACCCAAUUGUUAGUUCACAUCAAACUGGAGAUAAGAGUUUGUUCAUUGGACUUCAAUGUUGCUGGCUUCUGGUGUAAGGUGCAAAGUUCUUGGCUAUCAAAAGGCUUUAUGUCAGACUUCAUGCUGCAAUGGACCAAAACACUCUUCAUGCUCCUUAACAAGCCCAGACAGAGUUACUAUGAUAAGGAUACAUGGAUGUGAGUGGAGAUCUGGAUUCUCAAAGGUGUUACAAAUGUAGUGCAGAAUCACCAACACUUGGAACUAUUUGUGUUGCAAAUAUUCUUUUAAGUCUUAGUUUUAAAGAAGUUUGUUAUGUUUUCUUCAAUAUUGUUUUGAUCAACUAUUGUUAACAUAUAUAUCUUGUGUAGUAUCAUUGCUUCACUGUAACCAUAAUAUUGGUAAUGCUCUACUGCACAAAGAUGACCGGCUUUCCAAUUUGAUUCUUUUGAAAUUCUACUUAUGUGUGAUAUUUCUCUUGAAAUUCUAUUUAUGUAUGAUUUUUUUUGAGUGAUAUUUCUGUGUUUUACUUUUAGAAAGAGGGUAAUUCUCUCUUAUAAAGGGAUUUAAUUAGAUAUUCGUUUGGAAUCUUAGGUGCUGUUGCUUAAGUUGUGCUUUGUUACUUAGAAACAGAGUUGUCCUUGUUUCCUUCAGUUUCAUUUCUAUGCUUUCUUUGAUGAUUUCUUCUUUCAAAUAAGGAAGCAGUGCGGUAAAUCGAAUACUGGACAGAAUUUAAAUCAAUAGGUAGAUAUUUUAUAGACUUAGAUGAAAAAGGUUUGUCUAUUUCUAGCUCACAAAGCUUAAACAUCUCCUCUUUCUUGUCCUUUGUUUCAUACACUCUACAAAUGUUCAUAGCAUUUUAAUGAAAUAUUUCGAUAUUGCUGCUAUUAAAACCUAUGUCCAUCUUCAUGUUAUGCAGUUUCCUCUAUGGUAUCACUGAAGAAUUUGUAAGAAGCAUUUUUGUCAUAUAGAUGAUUCUUUUACAACUCAUCACCAUGGUUCUUGGCAAGCAACUAUGUCUUUCACUAUCAUAAUGAUUCUGUUUUGCUUGGUCAAUAGGUAUGCUGCAAUGGGACUAGGACAUCAUCCAUGUGCCUUUGGGAAGUUGACAUUAAAUUCUGAGGGUAAUUUGGUGCUUGAAUGGAGACUGGUGGUUUGAAGUUGAUGUCGAAUCACCAAGACGCAAAAAUAUAUGGAUGCUAUACUCAUUGUAUAUACUUUUCACUUCUCCUGUGUCUUGCAUGGCACUUGGGUAUGCUCUUUUGCAUGGGGAGAGCUUAGGCAUGGUAGAAAAACAGAAUCUAUGGAAGGCUUCUGGUGUAAAUGCAAAUUUCUUGGCUGUCAAAUAUGCUUUGCUACCUUAAUUGAUCUUGUUGCUGGAGUUUUAUGUCUGACUUUGUGCUGCACGGGACCAAAACAUUCUUCCUGUCACUUGAAGAAGCCCAAAGAGAGUUACCUGAUAAGCAUAUGUGGCUGUGAGUGGAGAACUUCAUGCCCAAAUGUGGUGCAGAGUCAUUAAGACUUGGAACUAAUCAAGUGUGAAGGAAAGCAGAGGAAGCUACACUAGUUUUUUCUCCCUUGAAUAAUACUUGAAUAUAGUACUCCUAUAUGUGAGGAGGUUAGCAAGGCAGGACAGCCUUCUUCUUCCCUACGAGCGUAUCUAUCAAAUGAAGCGGCUAAUGUCAUUGCCGCUAUGACAUGCAACCUCUGCAGCUGUUGGAAGCUGAUACAGAUUUCUCAUCUUACAGACAAGGUUUCUCGUCUGUCGAUACUGCAACUAUUUGCAUGCUCAGUUUGUUAGUUUCUUAAUUGUAAGCGGAUGAGAGCAAUGUCCCUUGAUAUCUGUUUGGGCUCAUAAGGCAUCCUGUUGCAACUCUUGCAUUGUAGCUGCUUACCAAGUAGUUUCUUCUUGUUGGAAAUGUGUUCUGGUGGGAUAUUGAAUAUUCCUAAGUUAUACUACUUUCUGUAUCACAGGAUGUUCUGUGUAUUUCAGUUCAACUUACUGAUAUGAUUUCAAUUCUAGGGGGUCCAUUGCCCUCUAAGCAAGAUGAGAAUAUUUAGAAGGGUAUGACAAAUAACCAAAUAUGGGAUUUACCAACCCAACAAAGUAGCAUUCUUCCACCUUUACACUUGAACUACAGUAUCUUAUCAUGAGGCCUUUCCAUCCAA